AUGGCUGCAGAGCAGGGGAGUGGGCAGCCAGGCCCCCAGCAGCCCCCCGUGGAGGCUGAGAGCCCCAGGAGCCAGGCUGAGGGCCCCCUGGCCACCAGCAGGAGCAGCAAGAAGAAGAAAGGACUCAGCGGGUCCCGCCAAGGCGUCAGCAGCUCCAAGGAGCCGCCCUCUGCCCAGGGCCCCAAGCCUACUGGGAGUGGCAAGCCAGGAGAGGGCCACCCGGGAUCUGCGGGAUCUGCGGGAGCAGUCCCCGGGCCGGCCUUGCGGCGCCGCUCCAGACACCGACUGGACCACUGUGACAUUGCUGCUCAGAGGACAUAUGGGCCACUGCUCAACCGAAUCUUCGGAAAGGACCGGGAGCUGGGAGCAGAGGAGCUGGAAGAGCUGCAGGCUGCCUUCGAGGAGUUUGACACUGACCGUGACGGCUACCUGGGCCACCGCGAGCUGGGUGAAUGCCUGCGGACGUUGGGCUACAUGCCCACGGAGAUGGAGCUUCUAGAACUCUCGCAACAUGUCAAGAUGCGCAUGGGCGGCUGCGUGGACUUCGAGGAGUUUGUGGAGCUGAUAGGUCCAAAGCUGCGGGAGGAGACGGCGCACAUGCUAGGGGUGCGGGAGCUGCGAGUGGCCUUCCAAGAGUUUGACAGGGACAGGGAUGGACGAAUCACAGUGGCGGAGCUUCGGCAGGCGGCCCCGGCCCUGCUCGGGGAGCCAUUGGAGGGCUCGGAGCUGGACGAGAUACUGCGAGAAGUGGACCUCAAUGGUGACGGCACAGUGGACUUUGAUGAGUUUGUCAUGAUGCUCUUCAGCCCAUGAGGCAUCAGCAGGGCCAUCUGCCACCUGCUGUGGGAUCCCGGACCCAGGCUACACCUCCUUGCCCCUCUCCGGGCCCCUGGAUGGAGCCAAGGCUCAGACUUCUUUCCUGAGAACAUCGUCUGGCAGAGUGAGCCUGUGAGGACACCCACCAUUCUCAUCCUCACUUCCAGCGUCCUGGAGGAACCCCGGGCCCUGCUGCCUGACGGCCCAUGAGGGCGAGAUCCAGGUCUCUCGAGGCCCUUGCAACUCCCCAACACCGACAGCAAUAACAGCUGAGACCGGGGCUGUGCUGGGCAUCCUGGGGACACAGUGUGUUGGUAGGGUGGCCAGCCCCCAGCACUUCUGAGGCUUCAUAAAACCGCUACCUGAAAAAAUGAACUCAGGAGAAGAGGUUGACCCAGCAUUAAACCGGGCUAUGACACCAACCACCAUGCAAAAUAACCAGGUCCAGGGUGGAUUCU